UUUAUUCAACUGUUCAGUAAACUUAACAUGACUUCGAACGCAAAAGAACUUCGACUUCAAGAUGAAUUGUUCAAUGAACGCGCUCGAUUUCUUAAAGAAUUCCUGGAAGCAAACGACAAAGAUUACGAAAUUAAAUAUAAAAGCGAGUUAUUACGUUUAUUACGAAAUGGCGAAAAACGACUAAUCGUCAGUUUAAAUGAUUUACGUCAUUAUCACAAUUCUCCUAACGAGUGGAUACUCGCGUUUGAAAAGGCUAUCAAAGAUGUCGCUCUAAGCAUAAAUGAUCCUAUAAUUAACAAGAUCGAAGACUUACAUAUAUAUGUUGGAUUUACGGGAAAUUUUCGUUAUCAUGUUAAUCCGGGAACAUUAAGAUCUAUACAUCUAGGAAAAUUGAUUUGUAUAGAGGGGAUAGUUUCGCGAUGUUCCCUCGUUCGGUUAAAGUUAUCAAAAAGUGUUCAUUUUUGUGAAAAAACUGGAGUCUUUUAUUACAAAGAAUAUCAAGAUUCUACAACUAUUGGAAAUUACUUACCAACUGCAUCAGGAUAUCCCACAGAAGAUGAGAAUGGUAAUCCACUGACGACUGAAUUUGGCUAUUCAAUAUAUAAAGAUCAUCAAACUAUAUAUCUUCAAGAAAUGCCUGAAAAAGCUCAGACUGGUCAAUUGCUUAGAUCAGUUGAUAUUAUAUUGGAUGAUGAUUUGGUCGACAAAGUGAAGCCUGGCGAUCGUAUACAAUUAGCGGGUUGCUACAAAGCUAUUGGCAAGCCAAAUCAAGCCACGACUUCAGCAACCUUUAAGACCGUCAUUAUUGCUACAAAUAUCACCAUUUUGUCGGGGGAUAUCGGUAGAAAAAUAGUCACACAAGAAGAUAUUAAAAAUAUAAAAAAAGUUUCGAAAACUAAAGAUGUAUUUGAACUAUUAGCGAGAUCUUUAGCACCAUCAAUUUACGGUCAUGAAAUUAUAAAAAAAGCAAUUUUACUUAUGUUAUUAGGCGGCAAAGAGCAAAAUUUGUCUAGUGGAACUCAUAUUCGAGGAGAUAUUAACAUUUUGAUGGUUGGAGAUCCAUCCACGGCAAAAUCUCAGCUUCUUCGACGUGUACUUAAUAUUGCACCUCUAGCCAUUGCGACUACAGGUCGUGGGUCAUCAGGUGUCGGUUUGACAGCUGCAGUUUCGCGGGAUAAAGAAACCGGUGAAAGAUGUCUUGACGCCGGUGCGAUGGUUCUUGGUGACCGCGGUGUCGUGUGCAUUGAUGAAUUUGACAAAAUGACUGACACUGAUCGUGUUGCAAUUCAUGAAGUAAUGGAACAACAAACUGUAACCAUCUCCAAAGCUGGCAUCCAUACAUCCCUAAAUGCCCGGUGUAGUGUAAUAGCUGCGGCUAAUCCUGUUUAUGGACAGUAUGAUGUUCAUAAAGAUCCUGCGCAUAAUAUCGCUCUUCCGGAUUCGUUGUUAUCUCGUUUCGAUCUGGUUUUUGUUGUUACAGAUGAAAUAAAUGAUAUUCGAGAUCGUAAAAUUUCACAACAUGUUUUGCGCUUACAUCAAUAUCGCCCACGAAAUCUCGAAGAAGGUGUACCGAUUAAGGAUGGUUCCGGACAAACCAUUUCCAUGGAACAAGCUGAUAGGACAGUAACACCGACAUCAAUUUAUCAGCAUGACGAUCCACAAUCAAAUAUUGACAGUAAUCAAAUAGACGUAUCUGAUUCAGAGGAGUCAGAAAUUCUUUCUUCAGAAUUUCUCCAGAAAUAUAUUCAAUAUGCUAAAAAUUGCACAGCACCUAGAUUGACUAGAGAGGCUGCGGAUUAUAUUUGUAACUCAUGGGUUGAGCUUCGUAAUGCUGAAACUAAUCGUGGAGAAUCAAAAACAUCACCAAUGACGCCGCGUGCUUUAGAUUCACUUUUUCGUCUUGCUACCGCACAUGCUAAAGCACGUCUUGCAAAGACGGUAAGAAAAGAUGACGCUGAAGCUGCUGAAGCGAUCAUUAAAUUUGCUCUAUUCAAAGAAGUCAAACCCAAGGAUAGAAAUAAAAGGCGCAGGACCGACAUGUCCAAUAAUGUAGAUUUAUCAUCAAAUGAAGCGGGGCCGUCAUAUACACCUACAUACAAUCUUAUGGAAACCGAUGAGCCGGUAAGAUCUGAUAGUGUUCUUGGAUUUGACUCCCUCGCAUUAAACGAAGAUGCCGAUGACGAUGGAAUAACACCAUCGAGGUUAAAAUUAUUCGAACAACAUCUUGAUCGUGUGACAUCUUCGCCAGAUUUUGAUGGCCAAAGAUUAUUUACUACUUUAAUCCAAGAUAUCAAUAACGAAUUGCCGGAAGAUCAACGAUUCACCACGGAAGAAGCUAAAGCAGCAUUAAAGAAGAUGGAGGAUUUAAAUAAGGUUAUGUAUAGUGAUCAAAAUGAAAUGUUGCCCUAUAGAAAUCCAUGC